AAAGCUCGGCUCAUGCCGUCAUUCUCUCUCGGGCUAUCGCGCCGGUCGGACGUUCCCCACGUGACCCACUGUCCAAGACUCCCCCCCCUCGUCCGCUUCCUCGGCAGAGACUCAAUACGCAUACGCGAUGCUCCGCGCGAGUCCGCCGCGCACCACCGCGUAAGCUCCGUCGCGCGGGCGAAUAUCCACCGCGGAACGGGGUCGAUCGAAACCACCCACGAGAGGCAGGGGCUGCGGGAGGGACCGCCGGCGGAGCCACCACCUGGUCGAGGUUCGCGAGAGAGGGGUAGGGGGCCGAGGACACUGGGAGAACCGCCGUAUUGACGCGUCUGCGUGGUCACGCCGGCGCGUUACCUCUCGCGCGCGCGCGCACCGAGGGGUGAAGGGGUGCGCGCGAGACUCGCUCGGGGGAGAGGGUACGGUGAAAAGCUCUCUCGGGGGUCGGGCCAGCUUCAAUCGCUCAAUAUUCAACCCCUCGCCGUACGGGAGCGCCCGAGGAGAGCAGCGGCUCCUCCAGACGGGAGCACGAAUCGACCGUUCCUUCCUUUGCGCCCUCGCCCGCGGAGCUGUUCGUUCCGCCGUCAGAGGAACCGUCGAGUGGAAGAAAGUCGCCGACGGCUGGACAGCCUUCGAGAGGGAACAAGCGGCCGCGGGUGGUUUCUUUCUCAUCGCUUCGGCUCCUCGCGUCGUCCCCGGCAUGGAGGGCAAGAAGGUCGAGCAGUUCUACACCCCGCCGCCGAGACUCGGCAAAUGGGAGGGUUUCCGGAUCUUCCUCUGGAACUCGGAGACGGGCCAAUUACUGGGACGCACCGGAGCCAGUUGGGCUAAGAUCUUGCUGUUCUACCUGAUUUUCUAUGCCGUCCUGUCGGGCUUCUUCGGCGCGAUGCUCGCUGUAUUCUAUCAGACGUUGGACCCGAACGCGCCCAAGUGGCAGUUGGACAAUUCGCUGAUCGGCAGCAACCCCGGUCUCGGUUUCAGGCCUAUGCCACCCGAAAGCAACGUCGAGAGUACUCUGAUCUGGUACAAAGCCAGCGACGAGGGCAAUUAUCUCCACUGGACCAGGGAAUUGGACAAGUUCCUGGAAGAGUAUGAGCAGCCGGCCACCGGUACGAUCGCCCACGAUCAGCGAAUGCCGUGCGCUUACGGCAAGGGAGCGCCGUCGGGUAAGGUCUGCGACGUAAACAUGACUACCUGGGGAAAGUGCACGAAGGACAACAAAUACGGCUUCAGUAAAUCAGCACCUUGCAUUUUCUUAAAACUCAACAAGAUCUUCGGGUGGAAGCCGCACUUUUAUAACGACACGAAAAAUCUGCCGCAGUCGAUGCCGGAGGAUCUCAAGGAGCAUAUCAAGCAGGAGGAAACAGCCAAGAGACUGGACACCGUCUGGGUGUCUUGCGCCGGUGAGAAUCCGGCCGACGUGGAGAACAUGGGCGCGAUUCAGUACAUACCGCGCCGCGGUUUCCCGGGUUACUACUUCCCGUUCACGAACACCCCGGGAUACCUGAGCCCGCUCGUCGCUGUGUUCUUCGAGAAACCUAAAUACGGCGUACUCAUCAACAUCGAGUGCAAGGCAUGGGCGCACAACAUCAUCCACGACAGAUUCGAAAGGCGCGGCUCAGUGCAUUUCGAACUGAUGGUGGACUAAGCCCGGCUGCUUCGGCCAAUCGUUAGACCACCACCGCUACCAACCGCGUCCACGUAGGAAGCCGCAACAAAAAAAAAAAAAACAUAGUAGAGGACAGAGAGAAGACGUUUCUUUUUUAAUCUGCCUCGUUGGCCGACCGCGAUCACACCCUGUGCCAUCCGGUUUUCUCUCUGCCGACGAUACCGCCCCGGAUCAGCCUUACUUCUUCUCACCGUCGUCACUUCAUCGUCGUCGAUUCACAUCGUCUUCGUCAUCGGGCACUCUACAACGACCGCGCGCGACACCGCAGUCCGUCUCUCCACGUCGUCCGCCAAGAUAAGAAGGGAGACGGAGGAGCGAAGGGAAAAGGGAAAGCAAAAGGGGUUGGCUAACAGGAAGGGGAGGGGAGACGCAGCGUGUACACGGGGGAAGUGAGAACUCAACGUUUUUAACGAUCGAUCGCAACUCGACGUGCACAAAAAACGAAACCGGGGUUAGGGGGAGGGGAGGGUGGGGAGGGGUCGAAAUAAACAGUCCCGCACAAAAGCCGGGCGGUAUCCUCCCUUAUUUCUGCCAGGGUCGUGUCACGGGGAGUGAUCUCGACCAUCGACGGCUACGUCGAUCGUUCGCAAUACUACUUCAUUCGCGCGCGCGCGCGACAAAAAGAGAGAGAGAGAGAGAGAGAGAGGGAAAGAGAGAGUGAGAGAGAGAGAGAGAGAGAGAGGAAAAGAAAGAGGGAAAAAGAGAGAGAGAAAAAAAAGAGAUUCUCCCUUAGUUUCAGAGCCCACCGCCCGUUCCAGCUCUAGAAUCCUCUUAUUAAGCUUCUCGUCACACACCGUUCCUUUCCACGACGACGCGAGUUCGGCCGACGAGUCGCGUCGACGCGGCACCGCGGAUGAUCGAUGAUGAUCUUAGGUUUGGCCAUGUAGAUGUUUUAGAUUAUAUAGCGUAUUUCUGCCCGUCGCUACGGUACAUCUCGGCACGUGGAUAUUUCAUCAGCGAGAGAGAGGGAAAAAGAGAAAGAGAGGGGGAGGGUGAGAGGAGAGAGAAAAAGAGGGUGGGAGAAGAAAGGGGAAAAUGAGAAUGAGAGAGAGAGAGAGAGAGAGAGAGUUUUCACCAAGUGGAGCUCUCUGCGAAUUCUCAAGCGUGGAGAAAACGCAGGCACAAAGGGGUACAAGUACGCGUUAGGCUCGGUCGGAGCGAUCGCUGUCGAGGGGUAACGGCGAGACGCGGCUCGCGCGACUUCGCAUCGACGAUCCCGAGCGAUACUGAUCGAGUCUCCCGAGUACAUUAAUCAAAAGCGACACAAAGCUGCCAUCCGCCAGUAUCCGUAAAAAAAAAAAAAAAAAACGCCGAACGAAGUCGCGAGUUCACGCGUAGAAUCAGCCUCCGUUCGCGAUCUCUCCGAACGUUAUCUCUAUAUUUGUAAGAUACAUAGUCGAUUAUUACAUAGUUGACAGUUGAGCAGGUGUAGUAGGGAAUCGUUGGGGAACUUUCUGUUUCUAUCGAAAUACGAUCGAGCUUCGGGACACACACUUAUGUGCAGCAUUCGUUGAUUUGGAAUUGAAGCGGUUAGAGAGAGAGAAAGAGAAAAAGAGAGAGAGAGAGAGAGAGUAAGAGAUAUUUUUCUGGUUUAUCUCUCCGUUGUGUUCGUAGCGACACCGAUCGGUCGGUAUUCUAUUCGUAUCGCUUCGCCGCUGAAAAAAAAAGCUAUAUCACGUACGAUACUUGUGUCGCACAUGUUACUUGUAUUCCUUUGUUCCGGUUGAUAUUUUCAAUUGAGAGAGAAAGAAAGAGAUAGGGAUGGAGAGAAUCGAGUUUACAAGGAUAACUAUGAGAAAUUGAAAUCUCUGCCGUGGUGCUGAUAUCGCGAAGGGGUGUUACCAAAGAAACGGAAAUGAAAGAGAGUUUGAUGAGGCGAUCGAUGGUUGUUGCCACUCGUAGUGGUAUGUUGAACGCGACUGACGACCUAGGAUUCUCGAUGUGACGGAAUCCGUAGGGCUUAUUUUAUGCGGAGGCACUCGGAUUCGCGAAUUGUUGAAUCUACUGAUUUUUGAGCUCAUAAAUGCUUAGAUUUGCAUAUUCUUGGACUGGCAAGUUUCUUCGGAAUCGUAGGAUUAUUAAGGGGUCUCGUGUUUCGGUCUUCAAAUGUCACGAUGAGAGUGUACGCGCGAACGGGAUUCGAGAGGGUACAGCGUGGUCAGACGUGACACUGCCAUAUCAGUUGCGGGAGUUAAGACUUCUUAAACAAACUGAUGAAUGGUAAUAGCUUAAAGAGAAAAAAAAUGAUCAUUUGAAGUCGUAAGCAGCAUCGGAUGACUAAGGUUCUAGUUUGCUAAUUCGGACACGGUGUGACACGUGCAGCAGGUAAACGUUUCGGUAAAUCGAGCCGCGGAAACGGAGGAAGGAAGGAAGGAAAUAAUGUGUUCUACUUACUUAUUAUUCCAAGAAUCUCUUAUCUGGGGAUGUAUGAGGGCAAGAAUCUGCACACUCAGGAAUCUAUAAAUUAACAACAAGAAAUCAACAGAUCCGAAGAUCUACGUGGACCUAAGAAUCUAAUAUUAAAGAGAGGAAAAAAAAAACAGUUACGGACACGAAGAUUCGCGAAUGCAACAGUCUGUAGGUCCAAGGAUCUAUAUAUUAAUUUUAUUAAUUGAUAUUUUAAAGAUAUUUUUGUGAUUAAACAGAGAUAAAAAAGAGAGAGAGAGAGGAGAGAGAGAGCAUUGCAAACGCUUCACCAGUUUCACAUUGACAAGAUAUGUUACGAUAGUAUAAAGAAGCUUCGACACACACGUUCAGUAUUUAAGGCUCUGAGAGAAAAGCUGCUUGUACAUAAUUUCUACAAAAGAGUUUUAAAGUGUCUAAAGGUCCGAGGAGCACUUGCGAUCAGUAAUUACCACAUCUUUAAUACGAACACGUCGAUUGUAUACUGAUAAUACGAAAAUGUUAUAGCAACGAUAUAUCGAUACUUACCGAAACAUUGGACCUGUUAAAAAUUGGUAGUGAUGCCGUAAUGAUUGCGGUAAUCCUUUACAAGUACUUAAAACGAGAUAAUUUAAACUAUUGAUUUUUGGAUGUACUUAAAUCACAGAGAGGUUUCACCGAUCUCAAAAAGAAAUGAAACAACUGUCGAUAUAUCGCAUUAAUUAUAUCACAGACAGGCGUUCAGCCCCGAUCGACUGGCGGCAUAUGAGGAUUUAUAUCGGUUUCGUUAUGCGAUACGCCACAUAGCGCGGGGAAGAAUGCAUAUAAUAGUGCUUAGUGCUAAUUCACACCAAUCCUGCGAGUCGUUGAGUUGUUGAUUUCAGCGAGAGGAAAAGUCGGGAAAGUUGCUCUUUCCGCAUCGAUAAGACGUCGGGGAACGAGAAACAUUUUGCGUCAUCGAUACGGACACCUUCUGACGAAAGCUGGAGCUUGCAACUGAAGAAAUGAUAUAUCGUGAACUCUCGUGUACAAUUAUUUUAUGUAGUUCCGUUACUAUUAAUUAUUGCGCGACGAUAUUACUAUGUAAUAUUAGUACUUACCUUUUUAGAACGUCUUGUCAAUGUUUAAGAGUCUUUAAAAACGUCUUAAGGUCUUUAAGACGACGUGUUAGGUAAUAUAUAUAAAUGCGUUCACAGAGUGAUAAAGAUCCUCGAAACUUAGAAAUUUUCAAUAAAUAUAUCUUAUUAAGAUAAAUAUAUAGCAAAGCAUAUAUUGGUUGAAUAUAGAUUUAUAUCUGAACUUUACCAAUUCAACUCGUGAAACACAUCUUUUAUUUAUGACCAACCCUCUUACGUAACGACAUUUACUUUUACUCUAUUCACGUAUAGGAGAUCGUUAAUUUACACAACGCGUAAUAUAUUAAAAACUAGUCAGCUUGAUUUAAACGGAUUGACAGUCGCCCUGGACUAAACGAAUAUCAAGUAAAAUUAUCGGUAUAUAUAUUUUUUACUUCUUUCCUCACGAUUUAUUUACAAGUAGAUUUAAAAAUUCUGAGCAUCGUAUGAAUUUUUAAAUCCAUUUUUUAUUAAAACAUACCGGUCUUGUACAUUUUUAAGUACACAGAUCCGAUUUAUAGUAACCGAAUUUGCUAGUCAUUUGGGCUUUUCAAAUUGUUUGUAAAUUUUUACAUUCGCAGAUAUUUGAGUCCGCAAGUUGGCAUAUCGGAAAAUGCCUUGUAUCGAUUUUCUGAGCGCUACAUAAUAUAUUCUUAAUUCGCGAUAAAGGAUUUCUUCUGAUUUACAAAUUCUGGGAUCUACAAAUCCUCCGAUUUAUAAAUCCUGCGACUCAUAAAUUUAUAGGUCGAUAGAUUCUUAAAUCGACAGAUCCUUGCAUUGAAAGAUUCGUAGAUUCACAGAUUCUUGGAUAAUCGUCGAUGGCAUUGUUAAAUCCGUAAAACGAUGUAAGAUAGAGAGGGGAGAGCGAGAGAGAGAGAGAGAGAGAGAGAGAAAGA